AUGCCAGAAGAAAUCAAAAGCUCGCCAUUUGUGUUCUACGCUUUUUACCAGUUAUACAAACAUUUCUAUGGAACUGCAGCACCCAAAUUGACAUUUGAGGCGAUAAAACAGCGUAUCUUCCCUAAAUAUCAUGUUGAUCCCUCAGAAUUGCAGAAUAAAAAGUCACUUUUUAUAACUUGGAAGAAACGCACUGCUAAGAGUCCUGAACACUAUCAGUUACGUGGUUGCAUAGGAACCUUUGCUAAAAUACCCUUGCUUGAGGGUAUUGAAAGGUAUUCUCUCAUUGCAGCUUUGGAAGACCACCGUUUCCCCCCAAUUGCACCGAGUGAAAUCAGCAGUUUGAAAUGUAGCUGCAAUAUUUUGCAAAACUUCAAAGUAAUUUAUAGUGGCUCCGACCAGAAAGGGGAUAUUUACGAUUGGGAUAUUGGUGUCCAUGGCAUUGAACUUCGCUUCAAAGACCCCCAAACUUCAACGAUAUUGAGUGCGACAUUUUUACCUGAGGUUAUGCCAGAACAAGGUUGGAACAAAAAAGAGACUUUUGCAAAUUUGAUUGAAAAAGCAGGGUGUUAUGAACAGGUUGAUUCGGUCAUCGACAAUUUUCAGGAUUUCUUCAUAGAAGUAAUCAGGUAUGAAGGUAACAAAAGUGAGAUCUCCUUUGAUCAGUACCAAACUCUCCAAUCGCUUGCGGUGAAUACGGUAUGA